AUGGCGGUGGAAGAGAGAAGAGACGUCAAUGUGCCAUCAGAACCAGAACCUUCACAAGUUUUAGAGAGUUCCGGUGCUGUUCCUAUUGAACAAGCAGAAACCUCUUAUGCUAGAGAAUCACCAAAAAAUCUUGGUCAUGUUGGGAUGUCUGCAUGGUUAGGUGACCUCCAGGAACAAGCUGAAGGUGUGAUUUUAGAACUCAAGGAGAUGGCAGUGGAAGAAAAUGUUGCUGUGCCUAUGGAACCAAUAUCAGAAACUUCUAAUGCUAGAGAAUCACCAAGAAAUCUUGGUCAAGCUGGGACGCCUGCAUGUUAUACAGCAUCAAAUAUUCUUUGGAGCACUGGGUCGUUUUCUGACCCAAUCCCAAAUGGUUUUUACUAUGUGAUCCCGAGAUUGAAGCAGUUUAAAAGCAUUCCUACAUUAGAUGAGCUCCGUGCGCUGGGUGACGAAGGUGUAGAGGCUGAUGUAAUUCUUGUAGAUUUCAAGAAAGAUAAAAAGAUUAAUAUGCUAAAGCAGUUGAUCACCAAACUUGUUGAAGGACUGAACCCAAAUCCGGUUAAAGCUAUCAAGAAAAUUGCUGGACUGGUGGUAGAUGUUUACAAACGACCACCUCUGCAGAGUCCAAAAAAAACUACACAAUCAUUUGAAAAUCGUGGUUUCCCACUGCUAGGGCAGAUAAGACCUGGCUCUUGCCGUGUUCGAGCCAUCUUGUUUAAAGUUCUAGCUGAUACUGUUGGUCUUGAAAGUAAACUUGUAGUGGGUUUGCCUCGUGAUCUAAAAUCUUCUCCAAGCGUCGACUCGUAUGACCAUAUGUCUGUUGUGGUUGUGCUAAAUACUGUGGAAAUGAUGGUCGACCUUACGCGUUGUCCUGGUCAGCUUAUACCAAUGUCAAGCAAGGCAAUCUGUAUGUCUCAUAUCUCAGUUACAGGGAGUGACUUUUGUCAUUCACCAUUAGGGCAAAAAAGCCCCAUGUACAGUUAUGUUGACCAGAUAGACAAUGAAAGUUUGUCACGAAGCGAACCAAACAUAGCUACUAAAUUGUUGCGGUGUAGCCAGGGAAAUGGCAUCAGGAUACAGCGUACUGCUAGUUCCAGUCCUGAGGGUCCUUACGUCAGAACUCGUGCGAGGUUCAUGCUAAAUGGUGACCAUAAACCAGAAUGUAGCAAUGAUGUAUCAAGGUCAGAGCGAGAUAUAAGUGAAUCCUUGAAACAGAGCCGCUUCUUGAAAGAGGGAAAUGGUGAUGAUUCAUCUCCUAAUGAUCUGCAGACGGCAAUAUCAUUACAGUCAUCUCUCCAAAACAAUCCAAGCCAAUCAUCUGAAAAGAGUGAACCUUUACAUGAAAGUAUAAGCCAAAUCUGGAAUGAAGUGCUACGAUCUCCAAUGUUCCAGGAUAAGCCUUUGUUACCAAAUGAAGAAUGGAAUAUAGAUUUCUCCGAGUUAGAACUUGGAACUCCUGUUGGAAUCGGAUGUUCCGGAAAAGUCUUCCGUGGCAUCUGGAAUGGAAAAGAUGUUGCGAUCAAGAUGUUUCUUGAUCAAGAAGUUACAGUUGAGAACAUAAAAGAAUUCUGUAAUGAGAUAUCCAUUCAUAGCCGUCUUCAACAUCCCAAUGUUAUUAAAUUUCUAGGAGCUUGCACAAAGUCGCCUCAGUUAUCACUGGUAACUGAGUAUAUGGAAAAGGGCUCAUUGUAUAAUAUGAUUCAUUCAACUGAGAAAAUGAAGAACCUUAGCUGGGGAAUCAAGCUACACAUUCUGCGUGAUAUCUGCAGGGGUUUGAUGGGCAUCCACCAGAUGGGGAUAGUCCACCGUGACCUAAAGAGUGCCAACUGCUUGCUGAACAAAGAAUGGACAGUCAAAAUCUGUGACUUUGGGCUCUCGAGAAAGAUGGAAGGCACGACGAUGAGUGAGAGUGAACCUGCAGGAACUCCAGAGUAUAUUGCUCCUGAAGUUAUCCGCAAAGAGCCCUUCUCGGAAAAAUGCGAUAUCUUUAGCUUUGGUGUUAUAAUGUGGGAGCUCUGCACUCUGUCUAAACCAUGGGAAGGAGUCCCAAAAGAACUAGUCAUGUAUAAUGUUGCAAACGAGGGAGCCCGGCUUGAUAUACCUGAAGGACCGUUAAGCAAGCUUAUUGCAGAUUGUUGGUCGGAACCUGAGCAUAGACCGAGCUGUGAAGAGAUACUGACCCAUCUAGAGACCUGCGAGUGUUCGCUUUGCUGA